GAGGCCGUUUUUACCUCAGCGCCUGCCGCCAUUUUGAUCUUGGUCGGACUCCGAGGAGGAGAAAAGAGUCGUGUCGCUGUACGGUACCACCCCAACCGCCACCAUUUUUGCCAUGUCGAGAGACCGUUUCCGUAGCCGUGGAGGCGGCUUCCAUCGGCGCGGAGGCGGCGGAGGCCGAGGCGGCCUCCCGGGGAACCACGACUUCCGUUCUCCGCCGCCGGGCAUGGCAGGCGGGAUGGGCCAGUCCCGCGGGGGCCACCACCACAUUGGCGGUGGUCUUGGAGGCCCCCCGAAGCCGGAGCCUGCCAAGCCACCCAGCUCGGCCUCCACUCCGCCUUCCUCCGCGGCCUCCGUCUCCGUUUCCUCCAGCCCAGCAGCCGCGUCGCCUUCCGUGGGGCCCACCCAGAACCAGGUCGGCCAAGCGCCUCCGGUCUCUUCCUCCGCCCCCACUCCGAACUCGACCUCCGCUCCGGCUGCCUCCGCGGGGCUCCAGAGUGGCGGCCGUGGUGGGGAUCAGCCGCCGUCUCAGCAGCAGUCUGCGCCGCCCAGCCAAAGUCCGGUCCAGGGGGGCCCUAAAAAGGGUCCCGGUCAGUCCUCCGGAGGCGGCGGAGGACAAAGUGGCUUAAAGGGCGGGCCGGGAGGCCCCCAACAAGGAGGAGGCCCCAAGGGCGGAGGCCCCGGACAGCACCGCGGCGGCGGCGAGAGGCGCGGAGGACAAGGCCAGCAUCAACACCAGCACCAGCACCCUUCGCAGCAGCAGCACCAGCACUCGCAGCAGCAGCAACAGCAGGGUGCCGGCGGGGAGAAAAUGUCCGAUGCGGAGGUGGGUAGAUUUGUGGGCCCUUAACAAGCUCUGUCAUGACAGGCAUUCGGGACAAGAUGGCGGCUCAUACGGCUCGCUAUUCUCUCCUCGCCCUGUGCGGCGUUCCUCGGCGCCAUUUUGAUUGCUUGAGGUGCGCAUGUGCAAGAGGUAGUAGUGUUCGGAGAGGCUCCGCGCGUUUGCUUCGGGGGAGUGGGCGUGGCCAUGAGUCGCUGAAAGGGGUGGAGUCAGUGGUGGGAUUGAAUAGGUAAAACUCCCUCAACUUAAAUCUUGUGGUAUCUUGGUUUUUUAAAAAAUAUGUCCACCGUUAUUCACAUCUUGUCCCGAAGUUUACUCUGCCCCAAAAUUCUUAUUCCAGAUUUUGCAUUCUGUCGUAGCAACAGCAAUGGGAAAUCUUGCUCUUUAAAGGCGGCGCUUUAAAGCUGUUAACAAUGAAAAUAAAGUGACUGGAAGUAGUUUACGGAUCUUAAGAUGGGGGUGAGAGAGGACAGGCAUUUAGCGCUACAAUAUACUUAACAAAUGAAAUGAUUUGUUUUUUGAGAUAGGCGAAUACCCAUUGUGCCUAUUGCAGUUUGACAGGGAAAACACUUUUGAGUGGAGUGGGAAAUCAUUAACGUCCCAAAGGCUGUGUAGAAGUGUGAUGGGUGUGUGAGUAAAGAGCAAAGGAGAGCUUGCAUUAUGGUUGCUGAUAUGCUCUUACUAGUUCUUGAGAAAUGUAGGCAGUUUAGCCCUACAGUGGUCUGGAAUGCUUUUUGUUGAGAGGAGUUUUGCUCCAGAUGAGGGGCUGGCUGUACUGAGGCUGCUGUAGAAAAGGCAGGAAUUUGGCUUGUCAUAGAAGUCUUUCUGUACUUGUGUGUAGGUAUUUAUUCUAGCCAUGUAUUGGUGAACUCUGAAGAAUGGUAUUAACAUGAUUGUUUCAGUAAAUGACAUUUGAAUGGACUGGAGCUUAAGUGCCUGUUUGUUUUGGAAGCGCUGUAUUCACAGACUUGGGGAUAGGGUGGGUUUGAUGAGCUACAGUGGCGGUAAUGUGAUAAAGCUAGUUUCCAAAGCAGGAUUAUACCACAGAAUGCAGCAUGGUAUGACUGUGAAAUGUAAGCAUUGACUGUAGCACGCUAUGCCACUGAUAAAACUCCCAAUUUAUGUUCAGUGAUAAUUCUAGUGAGUGUACAGAUCGUAUGUUUAGUAGGGAUAGUGUUCAAUAAGGAAAUUAAUGCACUUUUUGACAAAUACUUUUUGUCAUGAUUCUAAUUUGGAAAAAGUUAUUCGGUCUAGAGGAGCAUAUUUUGGUAAGAAUUUUGUAUGACGGGUGGAAAACUUUGAAGUACUUUGGAAAUUGCAGUUGUCAUAAAAAGACAGCAUUGUGGCAGGCAUCAAUUAGAAUAUAUUUCCUUUCCAAAAAAAACGGACAUACUGGAAUAGGAGUUAUUGAGUAACAUGUACACUGAUUGAUUGUGAAGCCUAGUUGAAUGGGAAUGGAAAAUGACUAACCAAGUGGCUGUAAAGCUGCUUGGUAGGGGUUUUUUUUUCGUCUAAGAGGAAAACUUGUUUAUUAAAAAAUUGCAACCAUUGGUUAUGUAAGCAAGGUGGUAGCUUGGGGUGGGGCAGAAGAGUACGGUAGAACUGAUUAUUACAGAUCGGUGUGCUGGUCUGGAAUUUUGACAUGCAUGUAGCAAGGCACUGGAAGUGUGCAGUUCUGUAAAUGUACAUAAGAAAGGGAAGGAGUUAAAAGUAACUUGAUUGUCUUUUAGAGCAGACAUGGGGAAUCAGGAACACACAUACCCUGAUGUUACUGAACCCUGCACUUCCUAUCAGCCCCACCUACUAUGGCCAAUAUAGUCAGGGAUGAUUUUUUUAUAUGUAGUUAUAGAUAUUUGCUAUGUAUGUUUUUUGAUAUUUUUGAUGUACAACGCAACUAAAGCAUUUGUUGAAAAGUGGUUUCUUAAGCCUUAAAUGUAAGCAAUAGGAGGUUAUAGUUUAGCAAAAUCUGGAGGGUGAGACAGAUUAGCUGCCGUUAUUCUUGGGAGUAGUUCAUAUUUAGCUUAAUAUUUGCAGAGUUACCGUUAUUCUGCAUAGUUAGCAGUUCCUGUCAGCUUAGUAAAUAAAGUGUGUCAUUAAUUGUAUUUUUAGGGCUUUAAAGCCAAUUUGUCGCUUCUGAGACGGCCUGGAGAGAAGACCUACACACAGCGUUGUCGUCUCUUUGUUGGGAACUUGCCUGCUGAUAUAACGGAGGAGGAAUUUAAGAGGUUAUUUUCUAAAUAUGGUGAACCUGGUGAAGUCUUUAUCAAUAAAGGAAAAGGCUUUGGCUUUAUUAAACUGGUGAGUGUCAUUUCUAUAAAUUUUUCAUAUGUGUUAUACAUAAUAUAUUAUUGCUUAACGUUCUGCAUAGUUUGAAGGUUAAGAAUUUAAAAGACGUAACAUUUUUGUUAAUCUAUUCACAGGAAUCCCGAGCUCUGGCUGAAAUUGCAAAGGCUGAGCUUGAUGAUACUCCCAUGAGAGGACGGCAGCUUCGUGUGCGUUUUGCCACCCAUGCUGCUGCUCUUUCUGUGCGUAAUCUCUCCCCAUAUGUAUCCAAUGAAUUGCUGGAGGAAGCAUUUUCUCAGUUUGGCCCAAUCGAAAGAGCUAUUGUGAUUGUAGACGAUCGUGGCAGAUCAACAGGAAAGGGCAUUGUUGAAUUUGCAUCUAAGCCAGCAGCUCGGAAAGCAUUUGAACGUUGCUCUGAAGGUGUCUUUCUUUUGACAACGUGAGUAAAUGUAAUAAUUGAUUGGAAUUUGUGUGGUUAUGGUAUUUUUUAAUCCAUUACAUGCAACUUGAAAUUUCCAGCAACUAUUUAAAGUGUCUUUUGCUCUUUUAGUACUCCAAGACCUGUUAUUGUGGAGCCCCUUGAACAGUUGGAUGAUGAAGAUGGUCUUCCAGAAAAGCUGGCUCAGAAAAAUCCAAUGUAUCAAAAGUAAGCACAUUUACUAUUGAUUUUACCAUAGAUUUUUUAAAAACUCUGGUUAUUUGGGGGUCUGUCAGUCACACCUUCUCAGUGAUGUGUGUUUUCUGAACCUAAAAAGCUUUGAGAAAUUUCCCAUUAAGCUAAAUGGAUAGAGAUCUGAUUUGACAUAUUCAUUUGAUUGUUAAUUUUGCUUACUAAAUGCACAUCAUAUUACAUGAUGUAUCUGAAAAGUUUUGUUAAUAGCUAAAAGUAGUUGAAGUGACAUAUAUUGGCCGAAAUUCAGUAAAAUGCAAUUAGUGUGAUGCUGAAAUUAAAACUUUAUGUGGGAUUACUCUAAGACAUGGGAAUUCAAUAGCAUACUUUACUCCAGAAUUGGGAAAUUCUGAGGCUCCGUGGGCCAGGUCCUUGUCACAAUCAAUCCUGCACACCAAAUUUGACAGGUUUGUUGGAUUUCAGACCUGUCAAUCACAUGAUGUCACACAACAUGAUUGACAGGCGGGUUGUCUUAGCCACCCAUCAAAGCCUCUUUCUUACCACCUGGCCAGUGCUGCAGGAGGAGCGAGCAGCAGCAGCUGAAGGGGGAAUGAAGACAAUAAAAAGUUUGGGUUUUUUUUGUUUCUGCAAUUCCCUCCUGUGGGAAGCACAAGAAAGAAGCCUGCAGUUUACAUACUUGCUUUGGCUUUCUGUGCAGAUAUAUAGCCCAUGCUGGUUAGCUGAUGAGCAGGAGCCCUGGCUGGCGAAAUACUUAAGCAGUGCAAUUCAGAAUUUUACCCUGUCUUGCCAUACAUCGGCUGAAGUCAGCAGUGUUUGUCCAUGGGACAUGGGUUUCCCACCCCUGCCUUCCAUUAAGGUUAAGAGGGAAAGGGCAAUAAACCUGCUAGCACAACAUAAAUUCUGCUACUUUGGGAUAGCAAUUUGACACAUUUUACGUUUGGCUAGUAUUGCGUAUACCUUGAAUUUUAAAUACGUGAUUUAAUGCUGACAGGAUUAGAGCCCAAAUCAGAACCACUGAAAAAUGAGAGAGGUAUCAGUCAGUAUGUUGAAGGGCAGCCCAAGGUUUGCAGAAGUUUAAAAAAUCAAUUGCAAGCCCCAGCAUCCUAAUGAGAACAGAACUCAGUAACUACAGGAUAUUGGAUUUAUUAGAAAAGGAAACAGAAAUUAGUGUGGCCUUGUUCGGAGACAAGGAAAACAUCCAACAUGUUACUUUAGAUUCCACUUAUCUAUUUCAGUGGCUUAUUAGACAUGUUUUUGUCUUUAAUUUUAUUUUAUGAAACAGCACCUUUAUAAAAGUGGAUAAUUCUCUGCAGUACUUUUCCCAUCCGAUAUUUCUGUUCAUUUGUCUUAAUCAGAAGAGUAACUCUCUGCAGUUUUUUUAGCUGGUCCUUUUUUCUAUGAUAUAUUAAUGGUUCUCAGUAACUAUAGUGAUACCAAUCUAAAAAUUCCUUUAUGUCCUAAAUCUAACUUUCCAUAUGGAUUUUCACUAAUCCUGAAUUUCUCAUUUCUUCUUGCUGCUGACCAUUUUGGCAAAUCAGCUCUACUGUCAUUAUUAACUGGAUUUUCAAUUGGUAUCUAGGGAGAGAGAGACUCCUCCACGGUUUGCACAGCCUGGAAGUUUUGAAUAUGAAUACUCUCAGCGAUGGAAGUCUUUGGAUGAAAUGGAGAAACAACAGAGAGAUCAGGUGGAGAAAAACAUGAAAGAUGCCAAGGACAAACUGGAAAGUGAAAUGGAAGAUGCAUACCAUGAGCAUCAGGCGAAUCUUUUGCGCCAAGGUAUUGUGCCAGUCAUUUAUUGAUUUUCCACAUCUCCCUAGACUCAGAGCGCUUGCAAAACUUGCCUGAAGAGCAUUAUCAGCGGAACUGAGGCCUUCUGAAGCUAUGUGAGCUUUUCUGGGAAGAAGCAUCUUCACCUAUUGGUAAAAGGGUUCUGCAGAACCUUCUGGGUCCACUAUUCCUACAGAGGCUAAAUAAGCUCUGGUUCCUGCAUUGCCAGGGUUGUGCUAGACUACUAUUGGGGGAUACCUUCCAACUCUAUAGUGCUAGGAUUCUGUGACCUACUAUUGUAUUCAAAUAUGUUAUGCAGCGCAAAGUGCAUUAUAUCUUGCUGCAAGAGCUAACUGUAGAAAUCUUUAAAGUACCUAAAUCCCAUUUACAAAUGGAAGUGUAAUGGUUGGAAUGCUUCUUGGAGAGGCACUGCAAGAUGUGAAUGUUGUCCACUUCAGACUACUGGCUGGAAGUAGUUAGGUCAGUGCCAAUGCAUUGUUUGCCCCAUAUAGGUAUAUAUGCCAUCAUAAAUUUGAGGAGAACAAUGUGAGUUUAAGCAGGGGAACUAGACAGCUGGUUGUAUUAUGUAGGGGAUAAAAAUUUCACUGCUAAAACUUACUUUAGCUUAACUUCACACAUGACUGCUUUUUAAAAAUUUCUGAUUCUGUCUUGGAAUGAGCAAGAUGCUUAUUAUGUAUGGUGAAUUGGUGAUAAUGUUAAAUUAAAUUUUCAGAUCUCAUGAGGCGACAAGAAGAACUGAGGCGUAUGGAAGAACUUCACAAUCAAGAGAUGCAAAAACGCAAAGAAAUCCAGCUGAGGUAAAACUACAUGUCUUGGAGUGCUGUUUAUCAUGUUUGUUUCUUUAAUUGUGUUCAGAUUAUCAUUGACGUUGGCUCUUUCAACAAAGUUUGACAGUUUCGUGAUACUUAAGUACAGAGUUUUAAGUUUACAGAGAUGCAGAAUUUAGUGAUAUUCUGGAAUCUAAUGGAUAAUCUGAAUUUUCAGACAGGAAGAAGAGCGCCGUAGGCGGGAGGAAGAGAUGAUGAUCCGCCAACGUGAGAUGGAAGAACAAAUGAGAAGACAGAGAGAAGAAAGUUAUAGUAGAAUGGGUUACAUGGACCCUGUAAGUUAGGGUUAUGAGAAUCCCAGUAAUUGGUUGCCCAGGUGCUUGCACCUCAUGUUUUGAUCCCUAGGAGUUCAAAAUACAUUCUUGAUUCUGUACUUGGAAUUCUAAAUUAUUCCUCCAGUUUUGCUGUCUAUUUCAGCAAUCUCAGGAGACAUAGUGCUAUCUUACUCUGAUUUGUGUACCAAGAAUGCAAAGCAUGAAGUGUUUUACUCUUUCCUAAAACUCUGUAUUUUGCUUUUUGUAGAGGGAGAGGGACAUGAGAAUGGGAGGUACCAGCACAAUGAACAUGGGAGGUAAAUAAUUUUUCAGUUAAACCUUUCACACAAGAAUGAUUGUAAUCUAUCCUGCAUAUAACCACCUGGAUUUCUUUUAUAGAUCCUUAUGGUACAGCUGCUCAGAAAUUCCCACCUUUAGGAGGUGGUACUGGCCUUGGCUAUGAAACCAGUCCUGGAGUUGGACAAGCAUCUAUGAGUGGCUCCAUGAUGGGAAGCGAUAUGGUAAUGUAUCCUGUGGCAGCUUGACUUCAAUUCCAAACAAAUUCUGUAGAUGUGAAGCACCUCUUACCUGUUUUGAUUCUAGGUGAUCUGCAUUUUGAGUUAGGCUUCCUUUUUCCAGAAGUGUGAAUAGUGCAAAGCAAGGGGCUUGUUGGGCAAUGAAAAGCUGAGCCAUGUCUUUGCUUGGUAUGGUGGGAGGUCUACUUGGACACUCCUGCUUCGGGUAUUGCUCUUACAGUAGCUGGUUGGGUUUGGAGUUCUUUGGUUAAGCUUGGAAGGAAUUCAUCAAGUUAUGUCUUUGGAAAAAUUACAAGUUCUUGUUGUUAGCUUAAUGAGCAGAAGUGGUCUGUCACUUUCUGAACUUGAGUUAACUGUGGGACAUAAAAGUGAUAGUGAAAUACUUGUAAAAUAGAUGGAUGCACACUCUUCCAAGCCUAAUUAUAAUCACUGCACCCUGUGAAACCCAUACUUUUUACUACUUAAUGCAGCUGAUUAGUCACUUGUAGAUAGUAGUGAGCAGUCAAAUACAAACAGUAUACCGUAUUGUAUUUGUUGGCUUCUGCCAUAGUAUGUGAACAAAGCAGUUCUUGCUCGGGGUAGGCAGGUUCUCAUUGUACGGUACUUAUUAAGUUGCUUGUUGAUGCUUAAAGGACAAUAUAUAAUUCGGUCACGAUGUUUAGAUACUGCUUAAAUUACCUUACUUAAGAGCCCUGUUGGAUGAGAUCAAAGGUUUGUGGCCAAUCAGAUGCAUCUGGAUGACCACAAGGAAGGCAUGAAGGCAGUAGCGCUCUUUGAAUUUGCUGCUCCCUAGCUAACUGGCAUGUAGAUGCAUAGUGCCUCUGAAUUUGGAGGCUCUGUAUAGCCAUGGUGGACUAGUAGAUAUACUGAUAGAUUUUUCCUCCAUGCAUUAUGCCUGUACUAGUACAGUAGGCCUUGUAAAAAUAUGCAGUCACACUAUAUGUGUGGUACGGUCUCUGGGCCUGCUUUGAAUAACGUAAUGGCAUGGCAGCAGUGCUCAUAACUGGUAAAAAAUAUAUUCUGUAAUCCAAGUGUAGUCAGUGCUGGUGUGGUGUACACAUACACCUUAAGGGUAUGCUCUAAUCCAUGAUUUAAAAUUCAUGGCCAAGUGUGGGGACAAGAUGAAUGUGUGCAUUACAGCUUUUUGCUCACUAAGAUAAACUACUAGUACCUUGAGUGCCACUUUUUUUGUGGAAACAAAAUCCCCCCCCCCAAGGAAAACUAGUUCUUAAGAUGGUGUCUUAUGAACUAAGUGACCUUGCAGUUUAAAGGAUUAGCAAUUAGUUUUAGGCUUCUAUUGAAGUCGUAUAAACAGUGCAUAUGAAAUACUCAAAAGUCUUGGAACUGGUGGUAUUGGAAGAAUGCUUGAAGUUCCAGUGGGCAGUGCUUUGCAUGUAGCAAUGUGCUGCCUUACCUGCUAAUAACCUUUAAAAGUAGACUUUCCUCACAGGAUAUGCUCAUUCUUGGCCUUUGGGUAUUUUAAAAUAACCAGGAGGAAAUUUUACUAAGGUUGCUUGUUUGCACACUAGGAAUUCCAGACUCUUGGUGAUUCCAAGAUUGGAUACCUAUGCAAAUCAGUGAAGGGCUCAUGCAUGUGAUUUGUCAUUAGUGAUUUUUGUGGUUGGAGCGUUCUAGGUUUUGGUUUGUGGGAUUACUGGGGAGAAAACUGGGUGUGUAUAUGAGCCUUUCACAAAAUAAAUCUGCAUGUGUAUCUGGUUAAAGGGAUUCAUACAGUUAGUUUUCAAAGGAGCCAUGCUGAAUGAAUUGGCUUCUAGAAAGCCUUUUUUGUAUGAAAGUAGUUAUAGGUUUAACGUCACAGGACUAAACAUGAAAUAUUUGAUCCAUUUCACUCUACUUGGUGCCUAAUAGCUCAAUAAAAGAAAAUACAGCAGAUAAUUGGAAAGCUAACUGCUCUGCUUUAUCAUUGUCUGAACUUUUGUGAAUCCAUGGGAAACCAAUUGAAAGCGUUCAGUAACUGCAGAGUCAUAGUGGACUUCUUGCUAAACCUCAUGAGGUUAGGGACCUCCAUGGGGCUGUUUAGAGCAGUCAAACUACUUAAAAAGCAAAAGGCUGUGCAAACAGUUCAUAUUACUUUGUCUUGGUUAGGUAAAUCUAUCAUUAGGCUCAUGUUAUUCUUGUUCUUCAUUGGUGUCUUAACAACUUUUGCUCUCAGAUUUCUGCAUUUUCAGUAAGCAGACUGUAGUCUUGAGUCAUGACAAAAAGAAUGGUCUCAUACUCUUAAACUGGUGAGUAGUCAUCUGCUUUACAUAAGAUGACUCCUUUUGGGAGCUGAACCUGGCCUAUGGCUAGGCUUACUUGGGCCUUGUUGACUGACAACUUUGUGCUGCAGUACAGAUGAGCAAAGUAAUUGUGGCAGACUCCCAGAACGCUCUUUUUGAGACAAUUCUUAGAUAAGCCUAUACUAAUGAUUACAUUUUUAGCACUUCAGGGAGAUCUUUUUGCUGAAGCAGGCAUUUGAGAAUGGAUCAAGUUGGGAACAUACCUCAAGGCAUGUAUUAAAUUAAACUAAUUAUUAAAUUACCCUUUUUUCCUUUCUAUGUUCCCGGUACCCUGUGGAUCGGCUCAAUGGUGAUUGUAUCGACGAACGUUGACUACGGAACCUUCUAAAAUAUAUACUUAAAACACAUGGACAUCAACUACAUAUAAUGAACUCUUUAAUAUGUUCUAAUAGCGCCCAGAGCGAUUUGGGCAGGGAGGUGCGGGGCCUGUAGGUGGCCAGGGCCCUAGAGGAAUGGGGCCUGGAACUCCAGCAGCUUAUGGGAGAGGGAGAGAAGAAUAUGAAGGCCCAAACAAAAAACCCCGAUUUUAGAUGUGACUUGUAGAUUUUCAUUCCAGUUUGUUUCGUUUGUCUUGUUUAGACACUACUUUUUUUUUAAUUCUUGCAUUUUAGUAAGAAAGCUAUGUUUUUAUGGAUGUUAGAAACUUAAUGACCUAGAAUUUGUAAGUGGUCUGGGCAAGAAAAAUAUAAUUAUGUAAUGCAGUGUUCAAAACCUAGCUUUUUUGAUGUAUAACGUCCCUACCUUGAUGGCAGUGUACGGUGUGCCAUUUGAAUUCCCAAGUGUAAACUUUUUUUACUGUGCUAAAAUAAAUAGAUUAAAUGUAGCAAUGGUUUUUAUAUCGUAAACGUUAUCCUUCUUGGAUCCAAGUAUACAGAGCAAAGAAGCUGCACCUUCCAUUGUGCAUACAUUGUUUGAAAUCUAAUUUGGUGUCUGGCACAACAUGACCUGGGUGCUGCUUUGCCGUAAAAUGUCUUGAUUGAGCUACUGACCUAUCAAUAUGCAAUGAGACCUAAUUAGAUGAGUAUGAAAUAACUUAAGAGGUGGACUCACCUUGAAAAUACACCUCUACGCUUGUUCCACCAAAGUUGCAAUGCAGUUAGUGUUAAGGGGCUUAAAAGGCUUUAAUUGCCCUGCAGUUAAGGAAGCACAGGCAAUCUGAUGCAGAUACACAAAACUUAGACUUUAGUCUUGAGUAAGAUGGUCGGAGAAGGGGAAUGUGUUGGCAGACAUUUGGUAGUAUUUGCUGAGUAUCUAAAAAGCAUCUCCCAUUUCAGGUUUCAUAACAUGACUUGUAUUGAACUUCUAUCUGAACUUCUUUUAAAGGAUUGUUCAGUGAGACAUGCCCCCAGCAUGUUCAGUGUUAUAAGACCUGGCUGCCCUAUUUUACUGUUAAUGUUUAAUCAGAAUGCUUAGAAAACACUCAGGAUGGGAGGGUACUUGUAUUUUAUAACUCUUCUCGUUUGUGAACUGGAGUACAGAAAUGAAAGUAUCCUUUGUCACUUUGGGGUUAAUAAUGCAUAGCAUCCUGCACUGUAGUAAAUUGCCAGACAAACCUGAUGCUUGAGGUUCUAAAUAUUAAAAUUUGGAAGUUUUGAACCUCAGGCCACACUAUACAUUUGGUGUUAAAUCUAGUAGGGUGGUUGAAUCUUUCAUCCUUAACUUAUUAAAAGACAUGUAUGAAUUCAAGGUGUCCUGGACUCCAUACCCUGAUGGCACCUAAAAUGCUGGGAGCAGUGUUUCCCAGUUCAAAAAAUACUGUGGUUGAUGAAAUGAAGAUCAACCUGCUUGGUUGGACCAUUCUCUGCAUUUUAUUCUGGAUGUCUAUUCAACAAUUGACUAUUACAGCUUUUAAUCCUUCAAAUGUGUUACUCUGUUUUGGCAAUAACAGGCUAUCUGUAAUGUGUUUGCAACAGGAGCAGAUAAACCUUGGUGCCAUCAAUUAUUACAUCUUGAUUACAAACUAUUACAAACUAUUAGCACAAAGCUCUGUGCUGUGCAACAUUUUAAAUGCAAGAAUGCUGGGAAAUGGUGGUUAAGGCUGCUGGAUGAUUGUUUAGUGUUUCAGUUGGAUUGAGCUACAUUUCCACAACCUUUCAGGAAGUUAGAUCCAAAACCAGCUGCUAUAGGAACAGUAGGGAAAUGAUUAACUUGCAGUUCUUGAGCUGGAUACCUGUGUAGAGAAACCCUUGUAUACAGGUCAGUGAAACGUAAAAGUUCAGCUUCAUUGUCAUUUGAUAUUAGGGGCUCAGUCACCUGCAGGUCAUUUUCUGAAAGGGUGUUCAUGUGACACCCAGUGGAAGAAACUCAGAUUGACAGUGGUGGGGUCUCUGGACGUGGACACUAAUUUUCAGUUUAUUUUUCAGAUUACAUGCCAUUUUUCCUUAGGAUGCUGGCACAUACCCUAAACCAUGCUCUUUUCUAGUACUGUAAUCUUGAAGAGUGAAGGAGGCUGAUGGUCCCAUUACCUUCCUAAGGUUCAUUUCUUGUUUCAUUCUGUCUAAAUCUAGGCUGAUGUUAAAUCUGGACAGAUAUAGUGAGCUGCAGUUUAUUCUUUUACCUUACCUGGCAAGUCUUGACAACUGCACAUUUAAAUACCUGUAUAGUAGUUUGACUUCAAAGCAUAUUAAGCAGGACCCCAAGUACCAGCAAAUUAAUUGAUUCCGAGUUCUCAUUGAAUUGGGUGUUCUCAUUGAAUUUAGUUUUUAUCUUUUUAAAAAAUGUGUUUUAAACACUUCUUUGGGCUUACAUGCAGGUCCUUUUUGAGCAGAAGAGUGACUAUUACACUUCUGCAUGCCCACUAUGCUUUCAGUCAACAAAAGGGCCUCUGUACAAAUUCCUCUAUCUUCCCGUGUUCUUAUACCCCUAGCAUGCUAUAACCACAUCCUUGCCAGUUAUAAUGAAAAACUGAAUUUAUGUUUCUGUGCGUAUUUUGUGGUAUCUGCUUUUUUUAAAACAACCUCUUGGCAUCUCCUGGGCAACCACUUGUGGCAGCAUGCUUUUUUCUGGAGUUUGAGACUGCAAAAUGACACUGUUUAAAAAGUAGUGGCCUGCUACAUAACAGCACUUAGUCAGCAUUUUCGCAGUGCAUAACUGUGAGGAACGUAGUACCACAAGUGGACAUUAGGACCUGGAAGUAGUAUUCCUGCUUGCUCCGAGAUUCUCUUUGUCGCCUGCAUACAGGUAGGUAAAAAGCACUAUAAUCUAACUUGGUGACUUUCUGUGUAAUCUUGCUGUGGGGGUACUCUGGCAUCACACUUCUGACCAUGGGAUUUCAGUGCAGCACUACUCAUACUGUAUGAUGCUUAGAUUUGAGGCCUAACCUGCAAUCAGCAUUAGGCAAGCUAACCGUGAUGCUGAGAUGUGUGCCUCAGACCCGUGAUUCCUUCGUGCAUAUGACUUUUUUCCAUCUUUACUGUGUACCAAAAAGAUUCUUAGAGAUCAAUGGGGAUGGGGAAGGGAGUACAACUUGUAAAUAUCUACUUAAGGUCCUGUUCGUUGCUCAUAGGAAUAAGUACUCUUAAUACAUUUUACACUUUCAUGGCAAAAUCCACAUUUCAGCCCUUUAUUGGCUAGAAAGCUAUAUAUUCAUAUGUAACUUGCCCUGGUUGCUGGUUGGGGAGUGGUGUUUUGUAACUUUAGUGGUUAGUUAUGUAAUGUGUUUGGGUGGCUGUGGAAUAAUGGCUGUGGAAUUUGUUCAAAUGAUACACUGAAAAAUCGAGAACUCCCACUUCUCAUGUUCCAUAUACAUCUUACCAAAAAGGUGUAGCUUCUUCUGUUUCAUUGAUGGUGAAAAUACAUAAUGGGGUUACAUACCUAACAUGUAUUACCCUCCAGGUCUGUUGGCUUUGUUUGCUAGGUAGUUCAAUAUUUUGUGUCUUAAAAAAAGUGUUUCCAUCUGAUCUGGCACAAGAAUUAGAAAUAUUUUACUUUGGGCUGAACUGUGCUUCUGUCAAAUGUAGGUACUGUAUUUCAAGGACUUUAAUAAUUGAGCAGGAUUCAUUAAUGAAUCUUGCAUAUAGCAGCAGCAGUCUCAGACUGGAUAAACGUGUCUUCUGUACUUUUAACAGUUUGCCACCGAAAAGUGUGUGUGAAAUACUGGUAUGAGCAGCAUAUGCAUUGUGCAACUAAUUCUGCCCACGCUUAAGCUAGAUUUCCAAAGUCUAGUGAUAAUAGUUCCACUAGGAAUGCAAUAAAACAACUGCAAUAGCUGGAUUGCAAAUACGUACCAGCCACAGUACUCUGUUUUGACCAGUAUGCCCAGGGUUUACUUGGUGUGGGAUGAUAACCAGUAAGUGUGGAUCUCUGCAUAAUUGGGUUUAAUAGAUAUUUCUCACUUAGACCAGAUGAAUUGGAAUAAGGCUGUGGGGUACAUACUUAAAUGCAGUGACAAACAGAAAUACAGUACAUAUCCUAGGCAGUAACUCGUCUGCUGAAAAUACCACUUUGUCAGAGUGGCAUGAUAAAUAACUAAGUGCUUGCAUUGUAUUCCAUUUUUAAACUCUUCAUUCUGGUCUUUGAAUACUUUUGAUUUCUUACAAAAACUGACUUAAGAGCUCAGAAGUGUGGUGCCAGAAUACAUUAUGCGUAAUCUGCUAGGCGGUUCCGAUUACUGGUGCUGUCAGGAGAGAAGCACUUCAUAACCUUGUGGGGGAGGGAGGCUUUACUAUACUGAGUGUGCAAAGCUUUUAUUGGCUGCAGUCCCUCCCUGAUAGCUCAACAGAUGUUUGAGGAUAGUUCGGCAUUCAAACAAUAUCUGCUAAUGAUCUCCAGCUAAUCAGGAAGGCCUAUAGUCACUCAUUCUAAAUGGAGCCCAAUAUGAAGAGACUGUGCUUUUUUAGGUUUGUUUGGACCAUUGGUUGUUUUCCACCAUCACAGCUAGCAAGGUUGGAAUCAACAGGUCAGUUGCAGAUCUGCCUUUAUGCCACUCACUGGGGUUAAGCAAAUGCUGUGAGGGUGGUGGGAUUGGGAGGGGGAGGAGAAAAGGGAGACCUUUCCCACUCUGGAUUGUUGCAUUAGCAUGUGCCUAUGAAAACCCAUGGUGGUGUAUAUAAAUUCCCCUCAGACAAAACUUGCAUUUAAUCCCUGUACAAUGUGAGAUGUGGGAACGGAUGACGAAAAUAGCUAGUGAUUGAAAAGAACAUAAAUUUGUGUUGUUCUAUCCUAAAAUGUGUGUUCCUUCCAUUUUGCAAAAGUACUAAGCUAAGAUGUGGACUUGAGGAAACUGGCACAUUGGCUGGCUGGCAGUGUCUCUUACCUCUUAAAGGGCUGUUUUAAGAGUUAGUUACAGGUGGAAAGGUUGUCUUUUCACUUGCUAUAUGCCCUUAAUGAGACUGAAAAGGGACUUGGGGGGGAAUAGAGGGACAACUGCAGAAAAAAAGCUAGAAAGAUUGAUAAACAAAUUCCAAUUUCUGUUGUGAAGAUUUCAGGAGACAUUUAGACUGGCCUUCCUUUAGUUCAAAGGACUAUUUGCUUCGGGGUUGGGGGUGUAUGGCAACAAUUCAGAAAAGCAACCACAUAGUUGAAUGCAAUGGCUUUGCAUCUGCACGUAAGGGGUAACUUACCUCUGGCUGCAUAUCCUUAUGCUUAGGUUGGCAGUUGGGAUUUAAUUCAUUCAGACUAGUUGUGUUUGUUCACUAUAAUGUGUUUCAAUAUUUGAAAUAAAGCAUUCAGCUUCUACUUGUGCCCCAUGCUACUUCCCAACAACUGAAUAUUGAUAGAAUUUGUAAUUUCCCCUCAAUUUACUAUUCCAUACAUUUUAUGUUUAAACUUAAAACUUUGUUUUCAGAAACUCUGCAGUCUGUAUUCCCUUAGUAACUUCCGUUCUUAUCCUUAUAGGUGAAGGCAAUACCAGCUGGGUGAAACCAGAGUGCUUCUGCGUAUGAGGUAAGACUCUCAAAUGAAUGCAUUUUCCUGUGACCAGGUGCUAAACGCUUAGGGAUAGGGGCUGUUGAUUGCUGAGAUCAGACUUAAAUGUUGACAAUGAUUAAGGGUUAUUGGAGAGCAUCUCCAUCAUCCGUCUACCCUUAAGAUGGAGGAAUCCGCCUAUGCAGUCCUGCACCUUCUUUCACCUGCACCAUGGGCUGCAGGAUCCUGCCCCUUAGCUGAUUUCCACUGUGUGUUGUGGAGGUUUGACCUUUCCUUCUGGUAUAAGCAAAUGGAUGGGGUCACAGAAAGAAAAGGUGUUUCUGCCUGCUUUUGCUUUGACUGCCCACUGCUGGUAUGUAGCCCCCAACCAUUUCCUCUGAGGAAAAAUGCAGCUCUUUAUUUGAAGGGUGUCUACCCAAUAUACCUUAUGUAAUCUUUAUCCUUCCUGUUGCGCUAUCUUGUUUCUUCCCUCUGACUUUGUCAUUGGCUAGCAACACUAGAGCCGAAGAGGUAGCAAGUUUCUGUCUAUUGAUUGGUGCAAUUUAUGUACUAUGUACUUGGUGUAUGGUACAGAAUACUAGCUCUGGGGUUUUUUUCUUCACUUGAUAAGGGCAAGCCAAUUUUCUUAAACCGAUCAACUAUGGUUUCAAAUUAACAAAUGUACAGUGAUGUCUGUGGUGUUUAUUCAGAAGUAAGCCUUAUUGUGCUAAGUGAGACUUACAAACUUAAAUAAAUGAUUUGCUAUCUAUCAGAAAAUUUGUAGCAUUAAAUACGGAGUGGAAAAGUGGCUUUUACUUGUGCAUUUGGAAAUGGCUACUUAGUUGGCAUUUUAUGUUUGUAAGUCCCCAAAUCAAGACACAGGUUGACCAUGAUUUUAGAAUUAUUAUUAUGUAUCACUUAAGAAAUAUCCUGUAAGGGAGUCUCCUGUGUUAUGUUGGUUCGGGAAGGUAAGCAAGAAAUUAUAAUUGUUAGCUGUGGCAAAAAACCCCCUAAGCUAUAUACUAGCAAAGAUCAGGAAAUUCUCGCUUGAUGCUAAUAAAGUUACCUAAGGUUUGGCCAUUCUUUAAUGGUAUAUUUGUAUAAGUGGUAGAUCUUUAUUCUGUGACUUCCUUUGAUUACAUUAAUUGUCCAAUAUUGAAUGUUACUACUACAAUGAAUUGAUAACUAAAAUUCAUUGUAUUGGAAGCAUUUUCUUUCGAGUUAGAAGUGAAAAGAGCCAAGAGUCCCUUGCCUAAAGAAGUGAAGUUUAUCCCACUGUUAGCCAGUACCAAAUUACCCUUAACGUGCCUUCAGUGAAAAGCUUUGAAAUAAUGCCUAUUUGGAUUUUUUCUUAGUCAUGUAGUAAUUCAAACUUUACUUUUUUACAGCAAGCAUUAGCCAGUAGGUCCCAGCACGAUUGAAUGAAGGAGAAUGGAAACCCAUAAAUAACUAUGCUAUAGAGGUAUGUAGUAGAAUAGCUGCAGCUAAACUUUAGGACAUUUUUACUGUAAUAAUUUGUUUUUGUGAGCAGCCAUUUUCUAAAUGCAUACUUGGCAUUACAGGACAAAUGUGUUAGAAGGAAGAAAAUUGCUUAUGUGUAAGUUAAUACUAAUUCAAAACUAUGCAUGUGAAAAUGCUGAUAAGCAUACAAAUGAUGCCACUCAAGUAGAAGCAUCUUUCUGAACAGUGUUGCAGUCCUGUUACUCUGGAGGGGAAAAUAGAGAGGUUCAGAAUCUGGUAAUGUAGCUAAAAUGUAUGUUUCUCUUAAUAUACUUGCUGUGUUAAUUUGUAUCUGAUAUGCCAGGUUCUGAUUUAAUAUUAAUACAGUAAUAGCAUCACUGAUGUUUAGCUGUUAAAACUUUGCUCUUGUUUUAGCUGUUGAAUGCAUACUGUUUCCUAGUGGUAAGAUUCUAACUUUUAUUCCGCAGGAGAAAGAAGCUGUUCCUGCAUUUCGAAGGAAAGUGUACAGGGCUUCAGUUGCAGUCUCUUAAAUUUUCAAUAAAUUAUUCAAACUUUGAAGUGUGA